AGAAAAUGUGUGAAAUAGAAUACGAAUCAAACGAAACUACGCUUACAGAUAUGGUCCCAUGUGUAAAUAAUAAAACGAAAACAUAUUACAGAAACAAACACUGCGCACUUUGUUAUGGGGAAAAGGAACAUCAUCUGGAAUAUUUUACUGCGACUAUCAUGUGUAAUUACCCACCGUUUUCAGAGGAAAUCGAUAUAAAACAAUCUGUUUUUGAAACUCAAAACUGCACUAUUGUGUUCGAAAAUAAUCGAGACAGUCCGUACGACUUAAACGAAAAAUCUUGUUGGACAACCUUAGACAAAUGUAAUGAAACUGGGCUAUGGGAAAAAUACGAUUCUGAAUUGGAGCAUGCUUGCCAUCAGAAUCAUUCCGUCAUUCGGUUUCCAUAUGACAUUUUGAGGUUUCAAAAUGUAUUUUGCUUUUUAUGCAAUGGGUUAAACAUUUAUAUCGUUCAGCCAAAUUGUGCGUUUUUUACAGCAAACCCUUACUCGUUUUCUGGUCUCUUGAAGAUAUAUACGCCGACAUCGCCCGUGUCUAAGGGAAAUGCGAUUUUACCCCGUGAGGAGGAAAGUAAAGUUUACUGUCCUGGUCGACGAGUCUACAAAAAUGGUCAGUGUAUAUCAAAUAUAAAAUGGUACAACAACUACGCUGUCUCAGUUAAAGUAAAGCUAAUCCCUUUACAGAAAGUUUCCCAACCGAACGAAACAACUGUUAUCCGCCUUCUUGGCAUCUUAAACACGAAGCUGAGAAAUAUUUUUGACAAUCAACUCUGUCUUUUUUAUGUACAGACUAUAUAUGUUUUAGCAUUGUCUAAUCAGGUAACAGGGUCGAGCUGGUUUUGUUUAGACGUUGAUCUAAGGUUUACCGUGACAUUAGAACUGGAACUAUUUAGUGUUGAAACUGUAUCGGCUUUGCACAAGUUGGAAAUACCUGAUGGAGAUGAUCAUGUUUAUCGAGUGAAAGUUGUGGAUGCGUUCGGUAAUUAUGACAAUAAUGUGUUUUUAUUUAAUACUGAACUUAUGUGUCGUCUUUGGCCCGAUAUCUCAUGUUACCCAUGUGAUCGGGUUAGUUAUGUGUUUGAUUUAAUGGAUUUUUUACCAUGCCCUAGAAUAAAAUUAUUUCUAAAUAGCACACAUUGGAAACGAACAUACGAUGGCGUAUUUCAUAUAGGUAAUACAUUUAAAAUCGAUACGAACGAAUACGUGCACUUUAAUAAUGGGGCUAUAUCGUUGUGCUACGAUACAUAUCAGAAAUACAUGACUAUCAGUUCAAGAGUGACAUGGUCUACUGAUCAAUGGGUAUCGCUGGUCUGUAUUGUUGUUUCACUUGUAUGCCUUAUUUUAUCACUGAUGUCGUACGCUCUUCUUCCUACACUCAGAUUUAAUACGCCUGGGAAAAAUGCUAUGGCAUUAUUUAUAGCGCUUCUUACUGCACAUGUUGUUUACAUCGUUAGUAGUUUCGGACGACUCGAAGGUGAUUCAACGCCAUGCAAAGCAGUAGGUUUAUUGUCUCACUUUUCAUGGUUGAUGGUCAUCAUGUGGAUGAAUGUAUGUACAAUCCACAUGUACCGGGUGUUCCGUAAAACACAAAUAUUACCAUCUGAAACAAACUUAAGGGAAUAUUGCUUAUAUAAUGUUUAUGCCUUUACGGUUUCAGCGACAUGUGUUGGAAUAAAUAGCGCGAUGUCAACACAUAUUAACAACAAUAUUGGUUACGGGUACAAAGUAUGUCACAUAAACUUACAAGAAAAUGUAAUUUAUACAUUUAUGAUCCCUGUUUGCCUAGUAAUCGUUUCGAAUUUUGCAAUGUUCAUCCAAGUUGUCAUCCGUAUCAGAAAUUCUAAAAUUGAAAGAAAUGUGCAAAAUGACCGAAAUGAGCUUCUCAUUUUUGUCAAACUAUCAACAAUUACAGGAAUGACUUGGAUAUUUGGUAUCAUAUAUAGUUUCACCGAGUAUAUAAUUUUCUCUUAUUUAUUCAUUGUUCUUAACGCAUCACAAGGCGUGUUUUUAUUUUUUGCCUUCAUUGUUAACAAGCGGGUCUUAGGAAUGAUAUUAGAACUCCUAAGAGCCGACCGUAGAGACUGAUUUUUGUUCAUCAAGGACUACAUGAUAUUAGAACUCCUAAGAGCCGACCGUA